GAAGGACCCUCUGGUCAAAAACGGAAGAAAAAUUUUCUUUUCAUGUUUCUAAGGAAAGAAAGCAGAGCGGGUUUUGAAUUUUGAGAGGCAUUUGGUUGAUUUGAGGGACGAAGCAUAGCACAGCUACAGCCUCCAUGGAUGCGGAGGACUGGGAUUUGAGUGCAGAGGACCUCGAUUCCCUCGAAAGAGACGCUUUCCAGAAGAUUGCUCAACUACGCAACCCUCCUCCUCCUCUUUCUCCACACCAACAUCACAAUUCUGCAACGGCAACAACGAAUCACUUCCCACCAAAACCCCUUCCUAAUUCGCUUCCCCAAACUGUUGGUGCUUCGUCUCAAGGAGCAAGAGCAUUGCCCACGUCAUUGAAAUCAGGGACAAACAACGACAAACAAUCCAAAAAUGGACUGAUAAAGUUUUCAGUUAAAUUUUUUCUUCAUUCCAGUGGAAAUAUUGCAGCAAAGUUUCAAUAUGACCAGGUAGUAAUUGCUGCUUUUCGAAAAAUCCCUAAAUCUUCUUGGAAUGCAAAAGAACGGUUAUGGGUAUUCCCACUGUCUUCCUUGUCAGAGGCGGAGAAGUUUCUUGGAGAUGUAUCAAGUUAUAAUGUUCAGGUUGAAAACUUAGAUCCCUUAGUGCAACGUGCCAUUGCUGCAGCUUCUGUAGUUCCAGAUCUUCAAGAUCGUUACUGCAAGAUCCCUAGUUAUAUUGAAUCAAAGCUAUUGCCAUUUCAGCGAGAAGGUGUUAGGUUUAUAUUGCAGCAUGGGGGACGUGUUCUCUUAGCAGAUGAAAUGGGACUAGGGAAAACCUUGCAAGCAAUUGCUGUAGCUUCAUGCAUUCAGGAGUCAUGGCCUGUUCUCAUAAUUGCACCAUCUUCACUGCGCUUGCAAUGGGCUUCUAUGAUUCAACAAUGGCUGAAUAUUCCUUCAUCAGAUAUACUAAUUGUCUUACCUCAAAGUGGUGGAUCAAAUAGAGGAGGUUUCAACAUUGUAUCUUCAAGUUCUAAAAACAGCAUUCGUUUGAAUGGACUAUUCAACAUCAUCUCAUAUGAGUUGGUGCCAAAGCUGCAGAAUUUGCUUACGACAUGUGACUUUAAGGUUGUGAUUGCUGAUGAAUCACAUUAUCUGAAAAAUGCUCAAGCAAAGAGGACAACUGCUUCUCUUCCUGUAAUAAAGAAAGCUCAAUAUGCAUUAUUGCUUAGUGGAACACCUGCUUUAUCCCGGCCAAUUGAACUAUUCAAGCAGCUGGAAGCUUUGUAUCCUGAUGUAUAUAAGAAUGUUCAUGAAUAUGGUAACCGGUACUGCAAGGGUGGAUUUUUUGGACUUUAUCAAGGUGCAAGUAACCAUGAAGAGUUGCACAAUUUGAUGAAGGCUACAGUGCUGAUUCGCAGGCUUAAAAAAGACGUUCUUUCUCAACUUCCUGUAAAGCGCAGGCAACAAGUCUUCCUAGACUUGGCUGACAAGGACAUGAAGCAAAUUAAUGCUUUAUUUCAAGAGUUGAAAAUGGUAAAAGCCAAAAUUAAGGAUGCUAAAUCACAAGAGGAGGCAGAAUCACUCAAGUUUACUCAAAAGAAUAUAAUUAACAAGAUAUAUACUGAUUCUGCAGAAGCCAAGAUUCCAUCUGUUCUUGAUUAUCUUGGAACUGUCAUUGAGGCAGGUUGCAAGUUUCUUAUAUUUGCACACCAUCAGUCAAUGCUUGAUUCGAUACAUGAGUUUCUUCGUAAGAAAAAAGUGGGUUGCAUACGGAUUGAUGGAGGUACACCUGCUGCUUCCAGACAGCAAUUGGUCACUGAGUUUCAGGAAAAAGAUUCUACAAAAGCAGCAGUGCUAUCUAUUAAAGCUGGAGGCGUUGGGUUAACUUUAACUGCUGCCAGCACAGUAAUCUUUGCAGAACUGUCUUGGACUCCCGGUGACCUAAUUCAGGCUGAAGACCGUGUUCAUAGAAUUGGCCAGGUGUCUUCAGUAAAUAUAUACUACUUGCUUGCGAAUGACACGGUUGAUGACAUCAUAUGGGACGUAGUGCAAAGCAAACUGGAAAAUCUGGGGCAGAUGUUAGACGGUCAUGAAAAGGCCUUGGAGGUCUCUGCUACUCUGCCAGAGAGUAGCCCUUCAAAGCAGAAAACUCUGGACCAGUUUAUUAGAAGACCUGAAAACGCGGAUAGCCCUUCAAAGCAGAAAACUCUGGACCAGUUUAUUAGAAAACCUGAAAACUCGGAUAGCCCUUCAAAGCAGAAAACGCUAGACCAGUUUGUUCGAAGAUGUGAUAAGAUAGAUGGGUUGGAACAUGAGCCCAAACGUCCCCGAAACUGACCCUUGAAACGUCGGUGCUCAAGGUGGACUACAAUUAUCGUCCCUUGAGAAGAGGGGCUUCUAAAGCAGGAGGGUGUAGCUUCGCAGCACAGUUUACAACUCUAAACUGUGCAGCUUAUGACGAAGGAACUGAACGGUUUUGCAGAAUAUGCAUGGGAUGGAAUCAAGGUUCUCACAGAUUUUAGGCUUCAGAUUUCCCAUCAGUUUUUAGUGGGACAUGUACAGAGUACAAUAUCAUGAAUGUAACUUGUAAAUUGCUUUUUACUCAAUGCAAAUUUUUGAUAUCA